AUGGCCACUCCGCCAGAGCCCAUAGCCGUAAUCGGUGUCGGGUGCCGGUUUCCAGGCGGCUGCAACACGCCAUCAAAAUUGUGGGAUCUAAUCUGCGAGCAACGGGACAUCCAAUCGAAGGUCCCUCCGGAGCGGUUCAACAGUGAUGCCUUCUAUGACGAGGACGGGUCGAAACCGGGACACACAAACGUCAGCCAUGGCUACUUUCUCGACGAAGACAUCAAAGUAUUCGAUGCGGCUUUCUUCCGGAUGAGUCCAGCUGAAGUAGAGGCAGUGGACCCCCAACAACGCAUGCUUCUGGAGACCGUUUAUGAAGCUCUCGAAUCUGGCGGUACUACGAUGGACCAACUGCGUGGAACGGACACAGCAGUUUUUGUGGGUUGCAUGACUGGCGAUUACUCCGAGAUGCUCAUGCGCGAUACCCUUGAUCUGACUGGGUACGUGUCAUCGGGCGUAGCCAAGUCAAUCUUGUCGAACAGAAUAUCGUACUUUUUCGACUGGCACGGACCUUCCAUGACUAUCGAUACCGCCUGCUCCGCAAGUCUGGUGGCAGUACACGAGGCAGUACAAUCGCUUCGAUCCGGCAUGUGUAGAGUCGCGUGUGCGGCAGGGUCUAACGUCAUGCUCGGCCCGGAAAACUUCAUCACGGAAUCCAAGGUGCAACUCUUAUCUCCUACAGGAAGAAGUCGCAUGUGGGAUGCCGCAGCAGACGGAUAUGCGCGAGGAGAAGGUGCGGCUGCAUUGAUCAUGAAACCCCUCUCGCACGCCCUUGCCGAUGGUGACGAAGUCUACUGCAUCAUUCGCGAGACGGGUGUAAACUCUGACGGCCGGACCCAGGGGAUCACCAUGCCUUCUGCGGAGGCACAGGCCGCGUUGAUUCGGCAAACGUACGCUCGGGCUGGCUUGGACCCGCUGAAGGAUGGAUGCCAGUAUUUCGAAGCUCAUGGAACUGGUACUCAGGCCGGUGACCCACAAGAAGCGCGUGCUAUCCACGACGUUUUCUUCCCUGAGCUCCGAGAUCCGGCUGAAAUUCUCUACGUUGGCUCUGUGAAGACGGUCAUAGGACAUCUCGAGGGCGCUGCUGGCGUAGCAGGAGUCAUCAAAGCUGCUGAGGCGGUGCGAAGAGCUGUGGUGCCUCCGAACAUGCUGCUGCAAAAGCUGAACCCAGCCAUUGAGCCAUUCUCGACAAACCUCAAGGUGCCAAUGCAGUCCUCACCGUGGCCGCACCUAGCCCUAGGUGGUCCAAGGCGCGCAAGUGUAAAUUCAUUCGGCUUCGGCGGCACCAAUGCGCACGCAAUCAUUGAAAGCUACGAAUGCGGAGCAGCCAUGGGUCGAGCUUCGCAAAACCUUGACGUGAUUCCCUCGCCAGUGCUACUGUCUGCAAACUCAGAGCUGUCCCUCCGGGCUCAGGCGACGGCACUCGCUGAUUUUCUUGAGUCCCACGACUCAAUUCCUUGUUUCCAUGACUUGCUGUACACUUUACAGUCCAGGCGGAGCCAGCAUUACGUUCGGUUGGCCUUGUCAUCGAACUCAAGGGAAGGCCUCAUGCGCAAGAUCAGAGCUACUGCACAAUCCACCAGCAACAUUGGUCUCAACACAGCAAAGCUCUCAUCCAGCUUUCGCUUUUUGGGCGUAUUCACCGGACAAGGCGCGCAAUGGGCUACCAUGGGUAGUGAGCUGUUGAGAACCUCCUCAGUGGCGCAGAAGUGCUUCAAAGAGCUCGAUGCCUCUUUGUCCGCGCUUCCAGAUGCACCAGCUUGGACUCUGUCUGACCAAUGCCUCGCCGACGGUGACACUUCGCGACUUGGUGAAGCUGCAAUUGCACAGCCACUCUGCACUGCAGUACAGAUCAUGAUAGUGGACCUCUUGAAACAGGCCGGUGUCGAUCUGGUCUCAGUUGUGGGUCACAGCUCCGGCGAGAUCGCGGCUGCAUAUUCUGUGGGCGUGAUCUCGGCGCAAGAUGCAAUACGCAUCGCAUACUACCGGGGCCUCUACGCCUCGCUUGCCAGGGGUCAGAAUGGACAAAAGGGCGCUAUGAUGGCUGUGGGCCUGUCGUAUGAGGAGGCUUGCGAGCUCUGUGAAGGCGAAUUCGCCGGACGUGUGGACGUUGCGGCAUGGAACUCGGACACAAGCAACACCCUAUCCGGCGACGAAGACGCAAUCUUGGAGAUCAAAGCCAGGCUAGAAGACAGAGAUGUCUUUGCUCGCUUGCUCAAAGUCGAUACCGCAUACCACUCCCAUCAUAUGUUGGCGUGCUCGGGUCCAUAUACCAAGGCCUUGCAGGCUUGCUCGAUCAAGCCAAAUCGUCCCAAAAGAGGUUGCGCAUGGUUCUCCAGCGUCUAUGGCGGACGCAUCGAAGGCGAGGAUCUCAUUGACAAGUUAUCCUGCGAGUAUUGGGUCGAGAACCUGCUCAGUCCGGUCAUGUUUCACGAUGCGAUCGAGACUGCGGCUCACGGCGACCUGCUCUGCGACGCCGCGAUCGAAGUCGGGGCGCAUCCAGCGUUGAAGACUCCUGUUACGCAAACGUACCAGCGUACCAUCGGUCACCAGCUCUCCUACUACGGAACUCUCUUCCGCGGGCGCAACGACAUCGAAGCAGUUAGUGAGACUUUGGGAGCGCUUUGGAUCCAGCUUGGGUCCAAAGCCGUUGACUUUCAUCAGUACAACCAGGCUUUCUUCGGCACGGACUCAGUACCCAAACUGGUAACACUGCCAGGCUACAAGUGGGAUCACAGCAAACGAUUCUGGAAAGAAGGACGCAAGUCACUAGUGUACCGCACACGCAAUGAGAAGUCUCACCCGUUACUGGGCAAACGCGCUGUCGACGAUAUUGACGAGCAAAAGCGGUGGGAGAACUGUUUGCGGCUCCAGGACUUGCCGUGGCUUUCGGGACAUGUUGUUCAAGGCCAGGUAGUGUAUCCUGCCGCGGCGUACCUGGUGAUGGCGCUCGCGGCAUCGCGAACGCUAGUUUCGGCACAGCAAGUGGCUUUUUACGAGCUUGUCGACGUGGCGAUUGACAACGCGAUCCUACUGGGCGAGAAUGAUGCUAACGUUCGGACGUUGUUCACGCUGAACACUGUUCCAUUCCCGGAGUCUGCUUCGGAUAUUCAGGCCGAGUGGGCUUGUCGUUCGGCUUCCGCUGAUGACAACAAAGCAGAGUGGCGCGUCAAUGCGAAAGGCAAGGUCAGACUGUUGCUGAAGAGCAAAUUUGCUGACGGACUACCACCGCGCAUUGCCCCUGCUGAGACGUUACUCACCCGUGUGAGCUCAGACAGGCUGUACGACAACAUCGAGGCAUUGGGAAUGUCUUAUUCAGGGCAGUUCCGGCGCUUGGAAGAUGUGCAGCGGAGAUCGAAAUACGCCACUGCUCUGAUGACGGGCAUCGAGACCACGGACCUCAUUCAUCCAGCUGUUCUUGACUCAGCAUUCCAGCCAUUGAUUGCUGCUAUGGCUUAUCCAGGAGACGGCUCAAUGACUUCUGCUUGUGUGCCGACGCAUAUCCGCAGCAUACGGAUUGCCGGCUCUCAACAAGUGUCAAACAGUGGCAGACGCCUGAUCGUUGACGCUUUUGCGACGACAUCUGCUGCGCGUUCCUUCACCGGCGAUGUCGAUUUGUACGAUGUCGAGAGCGGUGAUGCAUUGAUGCAGGUGGAUAGCAUUACAUGCACGACUUUGAUUCAGCCCGGGCCGGGCGACUACAAGGAGCUUUACACGCAGGAAGUCUGGCAAUUGGACAUUGGAAGCGGCGUUGCAAUCAGCCAGGACGGCCGGAGACCUGAACCAAGGGAGCUUGAUCUCAAGGCAUUCCAAGAACGUCUGGCGUAUUCCUACCUCCGAAGGUUCUAUGAAUCAUUCUCCAGGGCCGACGUUGCCUUGAUGGAACCACACUACACCAAGAUUUUUGAGUGGCUUGAGCGUUUGUUUGCAACCAUUUCAUCUGGCCAACAUCCUUCUGUGAAGGCAGAAUGGGCAGAUGACGAUCACGAGAUGCUGCUCCAAGAGGCCUCAAAAUACUCAGGCUCAAUCGAACUGACACUGCUCCAGGCUGUCGGUGAAAACUUUGCGUCCGUUGCGCGGGGCGAGACCGGCAUGCUCGAGCACAUGAUGAAAGACAAUAUGCUUGAACGAACAUACACCGAGAUGGUUGGUGUUCCAUUCCUCAUGUCCUGUAUCAGCGAGGUGAUGCGUCAAAUCGCCCAUCGUUACCCGCAAAUGAAUAUUCUUGAGAUCGGUGCUGGAACGGGUGCCUUGACAAAAGCUGUAUUGAAGGGACUAGGCUCGGCAUUCGACGCAUACACUUUUACGGACAUCAGCUCUGGUUUCUUCGAGCGCGCCGAGAAGCGCUUUCAGGAGUUCUCACACAAGAUGGAGUAUCGGCCACUAAAUAUAGAAGUGGACGUUGGAGCACAGGGCUAUCAACACGGCGCCUAUGAUGUUGUUGGCGCCGCAAAUGUGCUGCAUGCGACCAAGUCAAUCAAAAACUCGCUGAGGAAUGUUCGACAACUUCUGAAGCCUGGUGGCUACUUGAUCUUGGUUGAGUGGACUGGCGACAAUCUUGGUAUUUUCACAUCCUACGCGGGCCUUCCUGGUCUCUGGCUCAGCGAGGAUGGUCGGACGGACGGUCCUCUUCUGAGCAAGGACGAGUGGGAUGAACACUUACGAGACACGGGCUUCUCUGGCAUCGAAUACUGGAUGCCCGAUUCGUCAGAUGCGUCCAAGCACAUCAGCUCACUGAUGGUUGUGCAGGCGGUUGAUCGAGACAUCAACGUCAUGCGUUCGCCAUUUACGACUAGCACGAAUCCGCUCGCAGGGCACGCUAUCACAAUCAUUGGCGGAGGUGUGACUGGAAUCAACAAAGCAGUCAGAGAUGUUCUGAUCAGCGGCUCUCCCGGAACCGACGUUCAUCUGGUCGAUAGCUUGGCAAAAAUGGUGGACGAGGAGAUUUCCCCAUCCUCGUUGAUCUGCCUCGAGGAUCUAGACAAACCUGUCUUGCAGGACCUCUCAGAGGCAACCUUAGUGGCUCUGCAACGGAUCCUUCCCAACUGCCGCUACGUAGUGUGGGCCGGCUGUGAGGGUCGUUAUGCCAACUUAUCGCUGGGCCUCUGUCGUUCACUGGCCAACGAGUAUGGCCAUAUGGCCUUGCAGUUCCUCAAGAUCUAUGACGCCAACAAUUUGGGGGUGUCCGUCCCCAUUGCGGAGUCGAUGGCACGCCUCAUAUACUCUUCGACUUGCAGUCAGGCGCCAUCUUGGCUUUGGACUUCUGAGUCGGAGCUGGUCGUCGAUCAGCAGAAUCGGCUCCAUAUCCCUCGAGUGCUCCCAGACAUCCCCUUGAACGAUCGCCACAACGCUAAUGUACUCUCCACCAAGGAAUCCGUGCGACUGGACAGUCAGUCGGUCACAAUCGAGAAGACCCAGGACGCAUUCGAGAUUUGCAAGGUUGAAAUGACCGACCGACCGCACAUCCGUAUCACGUAUGCCCUCCUUCGGCCGAUAAUCAUCUCGGGGCAGAGCUACUUUGUCAGCUAUGGGCAUGCAGCACAUCGAGAAGAUGAGAAUGCUCGGGUGGUGUUGUCACCAACUUGUAGCUCGUCGAUCCCGAUUUCGGCGAAUCUCACCGUGUCUGUGGGCCAUCACUCAGAUGCAGGACGCAUCCUCCCACGGAUUACAAGCAGGAUGCUCGUGCAGCGUUUCCUCCGCAACUUCGACACAAGUCGACGCCUGGCAGUCAACGAGCCAGAUCACAUUAUCGGAGCCGAGUUGCUGCAAGAAUGCGGCAAGUGCGGUAUCAAGACAAUCUGCUUCUCAGGCCAAGGAAAGGCUGGCUGUACCCCAGUUCAUGCUCUCGCUCCAGAUCGAGUCCUUCGAAACGUUCUCCCUAGUGAUGUGGGAACGUUCCUUGAUUUCGCGCCUGACCAGGCGUCCCGAUGGACCAGAGUGCUUUCAACUCGCUCUACAUAUACCACAGUCGAAACCCUCUGGAACGGUGACCUCUCCUGGGAAGAUUUCGCCAACAUUACAACACAAGUCUUCGCUGAGAGUCUUUCAGGCAUGGGGAUGGCCCAUGUGGUAUCCAUCAACGAUUUACCGAGCAUUGCUGCAAGGGACGUUUCGUACUCAAGUGUUGUUGACUUCUCCGCAGCCACACACAUCGAUGCUCUACUGCCGCCUCCAGAUUACAGCUACGUGGCGCGUAACGACGGCACCUACUUCAUGGUCGGAUGUGCAGGUGGUCUCGGUCGUGCCGUGUGCUCGUGGUUGGCGGACAAGGGCGCACGUUAUAUCGCACUUGUAAGCAGGAAUGUGUCUUCGAUCGACAAGGCAUGGUUGAACGAGAUCGAAGCCAAGGGCACGAAAGUGAUGCUAUGUCAAGCCGACGUAUCGAGCAUGGACGCCCUGAGGUCAGUCCUGUCGAAAGUCAGGACAGACAUGCCGCCAGUCAUUGGUGUGGCCCAUGCCGCUAUGGUGUUGAAGGACAAAGCCUUUGGGGGCUGCACUGUCGAUGACUUCGCCACUGUCUUCGGGCCAAAGGUAAAGGGCGCCGAGAAUUUGCACAACCUGUUCAUCGACGAGCCGUUGGAUUUCUUCAUCAUGUUCUCGUCCCUUGCAAGUGUGCUUGGGAGCCCAGGACAGUCGAACUAUGCUGCGUCAAACAUGUGCAUGCCGGCGAUUGCGGCAGAACGACGAGCCAGGGGCCUCAGUGCUUCUGUCAUACACAUUGGCGCGGUCACUGGAAUUGGAUACGUCAUGGGCUCUGAUGUUCAGAGCAAGGUGCUGAGGAACUACGACAUGCCAAUGUCCAUAAGCGAGCCUGUCUUUCUGGACAUCUUUGCACAAACCAUACUGAUUGGACGACCCGAUUCAAACCAUUCUCCGGAGGUCAUGACCGGGAUGCCGCGGUACGAUCGAGAUACGAUAGAUCUGUCCAGAUACGGGCGCAUUCCUAAACUCUCCCAUCAAAUUAUCGAGAAGGCGACGUCCCAGAUCGAAGCGUCUGCUACUACUGUCAGCGUCCGUCAGUCGGUGGACGAUGCGCAGAGCCAGGACGAGGCAGCUCUCAUUAUCCAAGACGCCUUCUGCUCAAAGCUGGAGAAGACGCUGCAAAUGCCUGCGGAUGAAAUUGACUGUGCACAGCCACUUAUGAACCUUGGUGUCGACUCUCUUAUCGCCGUCGAAAUUCGUUCGUGGUUCUUUAAGCAGCUGGAUGUCAGUCUUCCAGUUCUGAAGAUUCUCGGAGGUGCCUCUGUCGGUGAAAUAUGUCAGGAGGCGGCUUCAAAGGCCUUCGCCACCUCGAGUCAGGCGCGUCCUGGUCCAGCAGAUCACGACAAAUCAGUGUCGCCGCCGACCACGCUCUUGAAGACUCCAUCGGACAUGCGAGACAGUUCCAGCUCAGACUCGCGGGAAGAUGCGCGAUCUAGCCCGCCGAGCAGCGUUUCUCAAGAAUCGGAUCCCGAGCGCAUCGACCGCGAAGGACCACUUGGAUACGCGCAGAGAAUGACAUGGUCUGCAAUGGAGAAUUGGCGGGAUCCCACAGUAGGCAACAUUGCAGUCAUGUACAAAAUAGCCGGCCAGCUGGAUCUUGUGAAGCUCGAGCAGGCGAGUCAACAAGUAGUCCAGCGACACGAAAUUCUCCGGACUAGGAUUGCACGGGAUCCAUCUACUGGCGAGAUGAGGCAGUACGUGUUGGCGCAAAAGACUGUGCGGCUCGACGUCAGUCCAGGCAUGACUUUGCAAGCAGCUUUCGAUGCCGUACGCUUUCAUGUCUUUGAUCUCAAUGCUGGGGAGACCAUGAAGGCGAUUGCCGUUCCACGCGAUGGCCAUCUUCUCCUUGCAAUAGCGUGGUCUCACAUCUUUUUCGAUGGUUACAGUCCAGCGCCAUUUCUUCGAGAUCUUAACGUUGCCUACUUUGGCGGAACUCUGCCACCUCUGAAGUAUCAGUAUCUGGAAUUCGUUGAUGAUCAGGUGCGGAAAUCUGCUCAAGCCCAAGACCUUGCGGCGUACUGGACUGCAGAGUAUUCGCAUUUGCCGAGCACACUCCCUCUGUUCUCAUUCUCGAGGAUCAAAGCACGUCCGACGAUACCAUUGCAUCUACCCAAGGCGCGACCAACUGUGGAGAAGACACUGCCCGCCCAGCUUUGUUCUGCCAUCAAGAUCGUCGCUCGGAAAAUGGGUGCUACCCCUUUCCAUGUGUAUUUGGCGGCGCUCCAGGCGCUGUUCUACCGCAUGCUGCCCGUGCGAGACGUAUGUCUAGCAAUUGCGACCAACAAUCGCGAGGCGGAAUAUGACGACAGUGUCGGAGACUUCAGCGAUGUCUUGCCCCUCAAGUUCCAAUCUCAGGAUGAUUUCGCACAGCUGGUUCGACAUACUCGGGACAAGAUGCAAGCAGGCCUUCGCUCGAACCUACCAAAUCCACUCAUCAUGGCCGCUUUGCAGGGACCGGAGCUAGAUCGUCAUGGAUCGCUCUGCCAGGUCUCGGUCAACUACAUGCUCCACCCAGAGCAGGACGAAUCGCCCGGCGGGCAUGCAGCCGAAAUUUUGAAAUAUGCUCGGUCCGUUCGCUACCCUUUCGACCUUUACUUCAGAUAUUGGGAUAGUGGUCAUGAUCACGUGCAGGUGACUGUGGAUGCCUGGCACGAGUUGUACGAUGAACGGAGUGUACAGAUUAUACUGACGAUCUACGAGCGCCUCCUCUGGACGUUUGUGGAGGACACGGCGCAAUCCAUCACUGAGGUGACUAUACCCUCCACAGAAGAGAUUGAGUCAUCUCUGCGUAAGUAUUGCAUUCACAACAAGAUGUCGCGCUCUGCUAAU